AUGGUGAAAUCUGUAUUGAUGCUGGUGCUCUUUCCUCACAUGGUGUGCAAAGUGUAUACUGUGAAGUGCACCGGGAACAAUCCUCUUCAUAUUCCACACCAGUGGUAUCAGCCAGGUGAAAUCCUUAUUGGUGAGAUUGCAUCUCAUAUUGGUUACCUGUCCCACCAAGUUUACUUCAUGAAACACACAUCUGAGGACUUUAUUCACAUUUCAGUUGUGACUACGAAGUUUUACCAGCACAUUCUGGCUUUAGUGUUUGCUAUUGAAGAGAUCAACCAGAAUCCAAAUAUCUUGCUCAAUAUCACCCUGGGCUUCCACAUCUAUGACAGCUACAUAGAUAAAAAUUGGACUUAUCGGACCAUUCUUGACCUACUCUUCCACACUGAUGUAUUUUUCUCCAACUUCAAAUGUGGCAUCUCCAAAAAUCUGGUAGGCAUCAUUGGAGGACUUAGUUCUGAAACAUCCUCAUUCAUGGCAGACAUCUUAUGUCUUUACAAGAUUCCACAGGUCUCCCCUUUAGGGGUGGUACCUAAAAAGGCGGCUGGUGAGUACCGGCUGAUUCACCACCUAUCAUACCCGAAGGGCCGGGUGGGCGCGGAGCUCGCAAAAUGCGACAUCAAGUCGGCUUUUUGCUUACUUCCCGUGCACCCAGAUGAUUUUGAAUUGUUGGGGUUUUGUUUUGAAUGGGGGUUUUACCUGGACUGCGCACUGCCCAUGGGGUGUUCGGUGUCGUGUGCUGCUUUUGAACGUUUUAGUACGUUUUUGGAGUGGGCGUUGCAGUUUAGGAUGGGGGUGCGCAACACAGCGCAUUACCUGGACAAUUUUCUUUUUGUAGGCCCAAUGGGCUCAGAACAAUGCGCCCAUUUGCUCAGGUCUUUAGAGCGGCUGGCCGUUGAGCUGGGCGUACCGUUGGCAGGUGAAAAGACGGAGGGCCCUACAACUGUUUUGACAUUUUUGGGGAUAGAGCUUGAUACCGUUAGACAGUUUUCAUGGCUGCCGCUCGUCAAGUUAAAGACGCUACGGGAGAGGGUAGCUGCGGUUAAAGAAAAGUGGAAAGUCACGUUGCUGGAGCUGCAGCAGCUGGUCGGCCAUCUGAAUUUUGCAUGUAAAGUGGUGGCCCCAGGCAGGGCGUUUUUGCAGCAAUUUUGUGAAGGCAUGACGUCUUUGCAUGCGCCCCAUCACUUUACUCGGGUCACUAGUGACAUGUGCAGCGACCUCAAGGUCUGGGAGACCUUUUUGAGGGAUUUUAACGGCACGUUCUUCUGGCGUUUGGUCCCCAAGUUCUAUCAGCAUGUUCUGGCCUUGGUUUUUGCCAUCAAGGAGACCAAUGAGGAUCCCUCAAUCUUACCCAACGUCUCCCUUGGAUUCCACAUUUAUGACAAUUACAAUAAUGCAUGGAUGACCUACCGCACCACUAUGGACCUUCUCUUCAAAUCACACACUUUCAUCCCCAACUAUGAGUGUGGCAAUCGGAAAGGUCUCAUAGGAAUCGUUGGUGGACUUGGUUUGGAUACCUCCUCGUAUGUGGCAGACCUUUCCAGCCUUUACAAGAUUCCACAGAUUUCUUACGGAUCAUUUGAAUCAGCACCAAAGGAUCAAACAAAUUUCCCUCUUUUUUACCGUAUGGUAGCCAAUGAGGCCCUUCAGUACAUAGGAAUUGUCCAGCUACUUCUGCAUUUCAGGUGGAAAUGGGUUGGGCUUUUCAUAAAGGAUGAUGAAAGUGGAGAACAUUUCUUGCAGACAUUGGAGCCGAAGCUUUCCAAGAAUGGAAUCUGUACAGCUUUCAUAAUAAGGAAUCAAGUAAAUGUGCAUUUUGAUACUAUGUUACACGUGCUCCAAGAAUCUUACAGUAAUAGUUCAGAUUUAGUAGAAAGCACAGCCAAGGUAGUUGUUGUCUAUGGAGAGACAGCCACCAUUAUUCGGCUGGCAUGGAUUAUAUGGAUGCCCACCUCUUCAGGAAAGGUAUGGAUUGUGACUGCCCAGAUUGAUUUCGCUUUCGAUAUGUUGCAAAGGACUUUUAAUAUACAAAUGUUCCAUGGUGCUCUUUCCUUCACAAUUGAGAAAAAUAAGAUCCCAGGUUUCCAAAUAUUUCUUCAGAGUAUCAAUCCUGGUUUGGCAAACAUGAAUGGUUUUAUCAAAGACUUCUGGGAACAAGUCUUCCGUUGUUCAUUUUUGGAUUCCAUUGACACAACCGACUUUGAUGAAAUGUGUACUGGAGAUGAGAGAGUGGAAAGUGUUCCAGCAUCUUAUUUUGAAAUGAGUAUGACUGGCCACAGCUACAGUAUCUAUAAUGCUGUCUACGCUCUGGCACAUGCAUUACAUAUGAGGGACACAUCAAGAACCAGGCACAGAGCAAUUAAAUAUGGGGACAGAUUGGGUACUCUAAAUUUGGAGACCUGGAAGAUUCACUCGUUCCUUCAGAAGAUCUCUUUUAACAACAGUGCUGGAGAUGAAAUUCAGUUUAAUGAGGAUGGGGAACUAGAAGCUGGAUUCGAUGUGACAAACUUGAUUACUUUCCCAAAUAACUCCUAUGCCCAAGUGAAAGUUGGAAUGCUGGAUCCUCAGGCUCCUCCAGGAAAAGAGCUCACCAUGGAUGAGGACAAAAUCGAGUGGCACAAAGUCCUCACUCAGGUUCCUCCCAUUUCUCUGUGCAAUGACUUCUGCCUUCCAGGCAAGAGCAGAAAAAAGAAGGAGGGGGAGAAAUUUUGCUGUUAUGAUUGUGUUCCGUGUCCAGAAGGGAAGAUCUCAAACCAAGAAGACAUGGAUUACUGUAUCGCUUGCAAAGAAGAUCACUAUCCAAAUAAGGGACAAAAUCAAUGCAUUCCUAAAAUUACAAGUUUUCUAUCCUCACAAGAAAAUUUGGGGAGAAUUUUAGUUUUUUUGGCUCUUUUCUUUUCUUUGAUCACGGCUCUGGUGCUCCUCAUCUUCCUUAAGUACCAGGACACUCCCAUAGUCAAAGCCAACAACAGAAGCCUCACCUACAUCCUACUUAUCUCUCUCCUUCUUUGCUUCCUCUCUUCACUGCUCUUCAUUGGACAGCCUAACAAGGUGACCUGCCUCUUCCGACAAGCAGCUUUUGGCAUCAUCUUCUCAGUGGCUGUUUCUUCUGUAUUGGCAAAAACCAUUAUUGUGGUGGUGGCUUUCAUGGCCUCUAGACCAGGAAACAUUUUCAGAAACUGGAUGGGCAAAAGACUGGCACAUUUGAUUGUCUUUGUAUGCUCUCUCAUUCAAGUAAUCAUCUGUGUUAUUUGGCUGAGUACUUCUCCUCCAUUCCCAGAUUUGGACAUGAAGUCACUUACUGGAGAGAUCAUAAUAGAAUGUAAUGAAGGGUCAGUCAUCAUGUUUUAUUGCGUCUUGGGCUACAUGGGGUUCUUGGCCACUUUCAGCUUCACUAUGGCUUUUCUAGCCAGGAAAUUACCUGAUACUUUCAAUGAAGCCAAGUUCAUUACGUUCAGCAUGUUGGUCUUUUGCAGUGUUUGGCUCUCUUUUGUCCCAACCUAUUUGAGUACAAGAGGAAAAUCUAUAGUGGCUGUGGAGAUCUUCUCCAUCUUGGGUUCCAGUGCCGGGUUACUAGGUUGCAUCUUUUUACCCAAAUGCUAUAUCAUUAUGCUGAGGCCUGAUCUGAAUAGCAGAGACCUUCUAAAAAGGAAUAAGGAUUAA